AGAACUAGCCUGAGCGAGAAUGGCACAUUGAUAACCUUGAUACUUUCUGUCUACUCAUCGAAACGAACCAAAACUGAGGGAACCAAAACCAUAGAAAAGGAAACAGCUCCUUGCUGCAUUCCUCUUCUGCAAACAAAAGUUGUUGGUGUGAGCAUAUCAAGGGCAGCGUCAUGUGAUUGGUGAAGAUUUCAGAGUUGACACCACUUUGUGGUCAGCUCAGAGCUGAUGAGCGGAUGAUCUAAUCACAGCUGGAAGAUGGUUACUUCAAGGUGUGGACUUGUUGCUCUGAGCUGCAGUCUUCUCGUCUGUCUACUCACAGUUUGUGUGUCUGGAAGCGCCAUAAUAACCAACGUGGGCACAGACGUAACUCUAAGGUGCAACUAUGAUGCCAAACACUACGGCCGGCUGUCUGUGUGCUGGGGCAGAGGGCCCAUACCGAACAGCGGCUGCGCCAACGAGGUGAUCAAAACAGAUGGGACAUCAGUGACCAGCAGGUUGUCUGAGCGCUACCUGCUUGAGGGCAAUCUUGGCGAGGGGGAUGUGUCGCUCACCAUCAGGCAGGUCCAGGAGAGUGACUCGYGUAUUUACGGCUGUCGGGUAGAUAUACCGGGCUGGUUCAAUGACCACAAACAUCAGCUGACUCUCUCAGUGAUUGCAGUGCGCCCUCUUCCCCUGAAAGUGGAGACAAGAGAGGUGAAAGAGAGGACACUCACUGUUCGCUGGACUCCUCCGUUUGAUGGCGGCAGACCGAUCACAUCAUACAUCAUUGAAAUAAAAAACAAAUAUGCAUCCUGGGACACUGCUGUGAGAACAGAAGUAGCAUCUCAUUUAAAUCAGGUGACUUUGGUUGACCUGCGUCCUGCCAAGACCUACAACGUCCGCAUGUUUGCUGUCAACACUUUGGGAAUGAGUGAAGUCAGCAAUGUUCUCACCAUCACAACUAAAGAAGCAGCACCAGAGGGCCCUCCUCUCGACAUGCAGCUUCAAGCCCUCAGUUCUCACAGCAUCCAAGUCACAUGGAAGCCUCCAAAGGUGGACCUCAGAAACGGCGUUCUGCGAAGUUACAACAUUAACUACAGAGAGUACGACCCGGUGGGCAGUCAGUUUAAAAAGUGGCAGCAGCGCAGUGUGGAAGCCACACGCGAAGUGGAAAGUGUCAUCCUGACAGACCUGAAGCCCUCUACCAAGUACGGCGUGAUUGUGCAGGCCAAGACUAAUGCGGGAGUAGGACCGCCCUCCACUGCACCUUUCUGCUCCACGCUGGAUGAAGUUCAAAAAAUGACAACUSCAACUAGCAUGUCUUCUUCUGCUACUAAAAUGCCGACACAACCAACAAGUGUCACUCCAGUUCACACAACAACUUCAACUACUGAGGCAGUUUCAACAGCCACAGUGUGGGAGGGAAGCAUUUCAACUCUCAACAUGGUACCUCCAGAUCCACCUGUUAUUGAGCUGAAUGAGGUGAAAAACRAUGCAAUAUCCCUUUUCUGGACUCCUGGGUUUGAAGGCAGCAGCCCCAUCACUGGCUUCUACCUGGAGUAUAAAGCAUCCAAUGCCUCGUGGGAUUACACAGAGAGCGUUGUUGACUUCAGCCCCAAUCAGACGGAGGUCACAAUAAUUGAGAUAAACCCUUCCACGUACAACAUACGCAUGUUUGCUAAAAGCAGCGUGGGCACCAGCAGAGCCAGUAAUGUUCUCACUGUAACCAUCGCAGAAACUGUUCAUCAAAAGGACAAUCUUAAUACUACUGUACCAACGAGUCCUCAGGAUGCUGUGUCAGCGGAGAAAAGUCGUGGUGUUCCCACUGCUGCCGUCAUUGUUCCAGUUGUUCUGCUCGUGCUGAUUGUUGCCACAUUAAUCGGUUGGAAACUUCGGCAAAUAAAACAGAGGAAAGGCAGUCUGACCAUGUGGCUGACCAGCGGAGCGAUACGUUACAGAGGCUCGGAGUCACUACAAGAGCUGUGACCCUCCGGCUCAUCCUGCAAUCUGCUCGUCAUUUCAUUGAAAUUAAACACACAAAGUUUUUCUAAACAAAACUAAAACAAAUUUAUCUGUCACUUGCAGAUUUACAGUAUUUAAUUGAAAUUAAUCAAAAGCAAAGGUAGUGAAUAUUAGCUUUAAACCUCUCAGCUUUAACAUUUAUUUUUUAAAGUUUUAAAUCUUUUGCUAAAACAGUUUUAACAUGAAAACAGGUGUUGUUCCUUUUCGUAGUUAGCUGCCUGUCAUGUAUCUUUCUUUCAUAUUGUCUUUUUUAUCAACUUGGAAACCUAGCAGCUUACAAUGUAACAUCUAAUCACACUAGGAAGGUAAACGCAUGAGAAGAUGCAAAAAUAUCCUGAAGAUGAAUUAAGUUGCUUCUAGUGCCUUUAUGUUUCCCAAAAAUACUGUCAGUCAGUGUCUUUGCUGUUCCUCUGGUGCAUAUGUGUCAAACUCAAGGCCUGUGUGCCAAAUGUGGCAAGCCACAGCAUUUUACAUGGCCUGCGAGAGCUUCAAAGAUAWAUUAAUGUCUUYAAAUGGGUGUAUGCUGCUUUAAGGCCAGCGUUGACCAUYAACUACACCACCCAUAACUCAUGUAGAUUAUUUGACCUGUGAAAUGACAGCAUCCCACCACUAGGUGGAGGUGCWCAGGGUUCAAAAUUAGCUGGCUGCCAGCAAAAUUCACWGUGUAAAAUUUCUAUUUCACUGCAAUUUCACAAACUACUUUUGACCAGUUGUACUGGGAAGUGGGAAUUUCCCAUUUACAUGCCAUACAUUUAAACUGUGAUGCCCCUCUAGUGGGGAUUCCCUGUUGGAAAGUGAGAGGGUUCAAAAUUCAAGAUGGAAGCUACUUGCCAUAAGUCAUCAGUGAAUAAAACUUGCUUAAUUUUACUUUAA